AUGUCAGGACAGCUCGUGAUCUCUUUGGGAAACGUCACACCUCACCUCUUGUGCCUGGUUGAGCGCAUAAUCAUACGUGCUUUCACGGGUUUGGCUGUAGGGCGAUAUACAUUAAUCCAAUUCAUCUAUAAGGUCCUUGCCGAGCUACCCUGGAAGGAAAUUGAGGAAGUGGACAAAGACGUAGUGGGAUGGUUCAAGCUCGAUGGCGGAGCUGCAAGGCGAGCUCAGAGCACCGCCCAAGAUCAAGCCCUGAGGGCCGGGGAGGCGCUCGAGAGGCAGGAAGCUGAGGCAGCCCGAAAGGCUGCAGCGGACGCAGCAGCGGCAACCAGAGAGGACCAGGCUGUCCGAGAGGCCAAUAAGCACGCAGACAGGGAAGCGGAGGAGAGAGCUGCUGUAGAGGCACAAGAAGCCAAGGAACGGGUGGCUCGCGAGGCGAAGGAGAGGGCAGACCCAGAGGCGAAGGAAAGGGCGUCCCGCAACGCAAACCUCCUUGAAGAGAUCGAUGCAAAUCCUGAGCACGUGGGCAGUAGCAUGCACCCCGAAAGCGAUAUCGAUAUGUUUCACGACCCGCCUGCCCCACCGCCGCACUCUAGCAAGGACAAGAUGGACAUCAACGAGAGGCAAGAGGUAUGCCAACAAGCGGACGCCAAAUCUGGCGCAUGCCACGGAAGCGCGACGGAUGUGACGCAGGCCCAACCGCAUCCUUCGCUCUCCAGGUUGGGUGACGGUGGCGAUGACACCACACCCAUCGACCUCGAGGACACUGAUGGCAAUGUGAAUAUGGACGCAACCACGACUGGUCAUGAUGACCCCAUGGUCAUCGACCUCACCCAAGAUGCUGUCGAUACUAGAUGGAUUCACCAAUCGAAGAGGGAGAAGAAACUGACUGCGCCAAUAAUCAACCCAGCUCUGACGAUCCUUCCACCAAAGAACAAGCACAAAGGAAAUAGCACCAAAAAGAGCACCAUACACAAACGUCGUAUGAGUCCUGGGCACGACGCAGAGUACCCCAUUGUAAUAGAUGAAUUCAACAGUUGGGAUCCCAUUCAGUGGAGAGACUACACUGCAGUUCCACAGGCAAGCUUGGAUACUGAAGGGGACUAUGACCUUCAACGAGUUGCCCAAGGCACCCUUCACCUCUGGGACCCGUACGGGCACAAACAUGAAUGGCAGCCACGGCUCCAUCACAUAGAGGACUGGAAUGUCAUGAAGACGCUGGAAGCUCACCUGGAAAGCACUUACGUUGGCAGGAAGCCAAAAUUCCUAUCUGCUUCCCAGGGGUCUAGGAUCAAGAUUUUAGACUAUGAAGAAUCGCAACGCAUAUCCGAAGCCAAGCUCCAAACCCUCCUUCGUGACAACCUCGCAGUCAUUGUCAAAGGUUGCCCAACACCUCCUUGUGAAUUUGAUGAGAAGGGUUUUCGAUCGCUGCAGCAACCUCUACAAAACGUUACCACGAUUCAAGAUCAAUCUGUCAAGCUUACGGAUAAUCAGAACGAACGGCUUUUCCAAGGGACCAUCCAGCAGCUGCUUGAUGAAUCUCGCAAGCCUAAUGGCAAAGUCCUGAAUGCCCUGGAGUGUCCGUUCAGCGAACCUGGAGAUCUCCAGAUGAGUCAACCUUUUGCCAGUGAUAUGGUGGCGUGGUACGCAACCGUAGGUCUGCCAGGAGCUGGAAAGGACACACCUAUUCCCGUUAACCAUCUACGCUGGGGGCUGUGCAGCCUCGAAAACGCAUACACUCCAUUCCACAUCGAUGCUGAGGGGCUCUGCACUCUGGUCCAGGUCAUGUCAGGAGCAAAAUUGUGGAUCAUCGCUGUUCCCAAACGACCUGUGAUGUUGACCAUAGGGGUGUUCUUCAGAGAGCAUUUCUCAUUCAAGGCAUUGAAUCUGGAUGACUGGGAUGUUGAGGCUGUUCUUCUGCACCCUGGCACACGAUUGCUCAUGCGCCCUAACAUCGUCCAUUCUGUGAUAACGACUGGGCACAGUAUUUGCCAUGGCGGGCACUUCUAUGCCACAUCGACCAUCCAGGAGACUGCCUGUGGACUCAUCCAUUCCUUUAUCUGCUGUGAUCUCAUCACAAACACCACCCAUCACCCCUCGCAUCUUCUGUUGCGACGGCUCAUGCAGUUCUUUUAUUGCGGGCUAGUCAUGGAGUACCCCACCGAUGAUUUGGAAAAGGCACAUCUUCCAGAUAUUUUGACCAUGCAAGGCAGUCUCGAUUUCAUCACCGUCUGCAGUCUCAAUAUAUUGGGAAAUGUCUUGCACCACCAAACAUAUUCCGCCCCAAACCAAGACGAAGAUGAACCCGCUGACGAAGAGCAACGGAAACUUUGGCAUCAGUACGAUGUGAAUGACAUCAGUUUCGACGAGCGUACUCAUAUGCGACAAGCCCGUGGAUUGGCUCUCGAUGCCAUCCGGUGGUACGAAACAAAAUUUGAGGUGAUUGACUCAGAGUCUGGCAAUGGAGUUGCGCUCCCAAAGGAGUGUAUCGCCCUUCAUGCUUCUUCCCUUCUCAGAUACAAGGUGCAAGCAAUCAUAGAGGGAGUCAAAGGGGCACCCCAUUGUGAGUAUUGGAUGCUCAAGAGGCAAGUCAACAAUGCCCUUGAGUUACACCCCCCAUCUCUGGAGGGGUGCAACAAAUAUCUCGAGUCAGAGGACGACAAUGACAUUAAUCUAGUCCUGAAACCUGAGCUUGUUGAAGGCCUUCUGAUUCGUCCAAAGGUGUACUGGUCCAAUUUUGAAGGCAAGAUUUAG